AUGGAUAGUAGUGCAAUAGUAAUGAAUACAUUAGUGUUUGUUUUUGGAGGUUGUUGUACUAAUGUACUCACGUUGGAAGAUUUGAUUAAAGACAAAAACUCAGAUAUUGGUACAUUAGUGACAUUCACACAAUUUCUGUUUGUUGCAUUAUCAUUGUUACCAGGAUUUGUUUUAUUUGAAGGUGGCAUGAUCAGACUUAAACAAUUGAAUGUGCCGUUGAGAGUCUACAUCUGGUCGGUUAUUCUAUUUUAUAUUAGUUCUUCUACAAAUAAUAGCGUUUUCAAAUAUAAUAUUUCAAUUCCGUUGCAUGUUGUAUUUAGGUGUUUCGGUACUGUGAUUACUAUGAUAAUAGGUUGGCUGAUUAACAAAAAGAGAUACUCACGCUUACAAGUCAUAUCCGCCUGUCUCUUGACAAUAGGUGCAAUAGUAACAUCACUGUAUCGAGACCAUGAGUUUUCAUUAGAGGCUGUACAUUCAUGGUGGGUCCAUAAACGAUAUCUUGCGGAAAAAAGUGACCAUCAGAAUGAUACAACAUUUUUAAUUGGUAUAUGUCUCUUGGUUAUAUCUUCAAUUUCUUCAGCAUUACUUUCAGUUUAUAACGAAUGGACCUAUAAAACAUACGGAAAAUACUGGCAAGAAAAUCUCUUCUAUACCCAUUUUUUAUCACUACCAAUAUUUAUUGUUAAAGAUGGUACUCACAUAAUGACAGGGUAUCAACAAUUGAUGGGAUCCAGUUUUAGAAUCACUCGGAGCCACAUUGCAUUCGCCCUAAAUAUAAUAACGCAGAAUAUAUGUAUACGAGGUGUUAAUAUACUUGCAAGUCAUACCAAUGCACUCACUUUGUCAGUAAUUCUUACAGUACGAAAAUUCGUGAGUCUUCUAUUGAGUGUGGUGAUUUACAAGAAUGUACUUUCAUAUACUAGUUAUGUUGGGGUGGCGAUUGUAUUUUCAGGGACAUUGUUAUACAUAUUAGGGUCUCGAAGACCAUCUUCAAUGGUCUCAUCCACCAAAAAAUCUCAAUGA